AACGGAAGUGGUUUUCCUCAGCCUCAACCGCCACUUUUUUUUUUUUUUUAAGAACUCUAAAGCACUUUUAUCUUUCAUAUUUACACACAAUUUUCGACUCAAAAAGACGUUUCCCAAAGCACACGCGGGUUCGGAAACGAUGGAGAUCAACAUAUCGCUUCAUUCCAAGCUUUCAUCCAUCAUGGAGACGAUGGCCGAGUCCGCCAUCGCCGAGCUAUGCAAGGCGGUGAACGAAGACACGAUCGAGCUCCGUUUGGAGCUGUCCCGGCUCCAAACGCUGAACUCGGCCCUGACGGAGAAGGUCGACACGCUGGAAUGCGAGCUGACCGCGGCCAGGAGCGACGCUCCCGGCCUGCUACGGAGCCACCGCACCGUCGCCAUCCAGACGGACGACGACGACGACAUUGAUGAGUCUGAGUCUCCAGUCAUUGACCGAGUCUUUGGAAAGGACUGGUGCCUUAAUCUCUGGAAAGACAGAUUCCGUACAAGUCAAAAGACAGAUGCUCAGCAACUAGACGAUGAUGUGAACGCCUCGACGCCUUUGGACUGUUUCCCUCCUGUCGACGUGCCGGUUUUGGAAAAAGGCGCAGAGUUUUAUAGUUUUGAGUCUUUCUCGGAGGCCAUCGAAAGCUGGCAGAGGUCCAAUUUUGUGGAGCUUUACAAGCGGAGCUCCAGGACCGUGGAGAAUGCCAAAAAGCGGGCCAGGAAAAAAUCUUACAGCGAGAAUUUAGUGUUCGCCGAGCUGGACUUUGGGUGCGCUCACGGCAGCAAAGGCCCCGAUGUGAAACGUUGUCCGUUCACCAUCAAAGUGCGAGUCACACCUGAUGGACGGAAGCUCUACAUAAAGGACAUCAGUCCUGCCGAUUGCCACAACCACGAGCUCUCCCAGGCUAUUUUGUCCGAGUCGGACUCCGAACACGUCGACGUGAUUCAGGUCAAAGUUGAAGAUUAUUUGGAGGGCGCCGCUGCCAGCUUUCCCCAGGAAACACUCAGUCGAGAAAACGUCGACGAACUCUUCUCGGAGGAAGUCGAGCAGACGCCAACGUGGCAGGAGGACAUCUUGCUGGACUCGGACAGUAAGAACCAUCACGAUAACAACGGGACGGAGGAACGGUCGGCGCAGUCGAGCACAGGUACCGAGGACGACUGUUACGAAUACGUCAUCGAAGAUGGCGAGAACAAGCUGACUGUGCAAGCGACCUCGAGCAGCGGGGGCGGCGGGAAGAAAUACACGUGUUCGCGAUGCAACAUCGUAUUCUACAACCCGAACACCCUGAUGAUCCACCAAAGAGCCCACCAGCCCUACUGGUGCGACGUGUGCAAGGAGCAAUUCGGGACCAAGAGCCAGUUCAAGCACCACAAGUGCGACCUGGUCCCCAACAAGUGCCGCCUGUGCGGGAAGACUUGGGCCAGCCAGUCGGCCCUGCGGACCCACAUGGUGGUGCACACGGGGGACAAACGCUUCGUGUGCCGGUUCUGCGGGCAGAGGUUCGCGCAGAAAGGCAGCAUGAGGAGCCACCUCAUCCGGUCGCACAUGGGCUGCGGCGAAUGCGGGAUGACGUUCGACGCCAAGACGCAACUCCUCCACCAUUUGUUGAAGCACAAGAUGCGCGCCAUUUAGGGCUCGGAGUGCACAUCCGCCUCGCAGUCUAAAGGUCGGGGGUUUGAGUCCACGUUGCAAAAUCAGGGGUGUCCAAGCAGAACAAUCAAAGGACAUUCUUUGACUUUAUGAAACGCGCGAAAAUCCAUUUUUGGACGAACUGCUAAAUGAGUGCUUUUUCUUCAAUCCUUUGGGAUUUUUCCAGGAUUCUGGGCUGGUCCACAGCCGUAUCCAGUACCACGAGAGUAGUUCCGCUCCUGACUGAGCGCUUCUCCAUUUUCAGAACAAAAGCCAACAAAUCUGUAAUAAACCAACAUUUUUUUUUUUUAACACUCUUUACUUGAAGAUCAUCGUUCAUAAUUACGGUCACAAAUUCAGACCUCGACACAGUAGAAAGGAUGGAAAACAUUUUUGAUUUUGAUACUUUUGUCAUUGCUUUUCUUUGUCAAAUGUUUCUUCGUAUAUCGAGAACAUUUCUAUACAAAUCUUUUAUUAGUUGUAGUAGUCAUAGCUUGGUUAAUAAAAAAAACUAAUCAGUUAUCAAAUUAAUCAACUAUUUUAAUAUUUAGACUCAUUGUUACCGUGCAAAUCCUCGGAAUUUGAGCCUCUCACAACUCCUUUUCGGUUUUUGUGGUCCUGUUUCAUCCAAAGAAAAACUUUGCUUUUACUUUGGAAAAGAUUGAUCAACAUUUUGACGUUGAAAAUAUGACAGACCAAACCAGUACAACUGAAUCAUUGUCGAUUUGUUUCUGCAGUUAAUUUGAAGUACCCUAUUUUUGAAUGGAGGGAUGGACAUUUUUUUUCCCCUAAUCUGACUAAUAUAUCAAUUUAGAAAGUAAUCGACUGAUCAUGAACAUAACUUGUACUAAUUAGUUGCAGCCCGAGUUGUAGUGGUUGUCUGGUAUGUUGCGCCCACACCCAAUUGCAUUGUGGGCCAUUCAAAUGUUACAUUUCGUAUGUGGAACGGGCUACUAAAAAAAUGAACGGCGGGCACCAAAUACGCCCCCAAGCUGUAGUUUGGACACCCCUGCUCUCAAUCGUCCGUGAGUGUGAAUGCUUGUCCGGGUGCCUUGCAGUUGCUUGGCGACCAGUCCUCUUGUCCAAAAUAUGAUAGGGAUAGGCUCAAGCUCACCCACAACUCUUAAUGAGGAUGAGCGCGAUAGAAAAUGGAUGACUGAAUGGAUUUGGUUGGCUUGCUGAAGACAGGACAAGCCCCCCCCCCAUCAAAACCAGCAGAUUUCUAAACCCGGAGGGGGUCCUUCCAUAUAUAAAAUUACAUAUAUCUUCAAUCUUGUAG